UCGGCUAUAUAACCCACAUCGAUCUACAAAAAUAUGAAUGUCGAACGUAUCGUCUACAGUCGAUAUUAACAAGUGUUAUUCUAAAAAUCCAUAUUUCAUUAUUAUUUGUUGUUAUUUAGCUGAAUUUUGGUCAAAAUGAAGUUUUUAGUAGCGAUUUGUUGCGUCUUAUCGGUGACAGCUGUGUACUCUGCCCCAUCGCCUGGAUUCAUAACUCCGGUGAUCCUGCCCAAAGUGCAAGUGGCGUCUCCCGACGUGACUGUCGUCAGACAACCGUACGUCGUGCAACAAACCGAGCCGGUGUUCAGACAUGUGUACUACCAUUCAGACCCGGUGCCGAUGUCGUACGUACAUUCGCAUCACGUGCAAGCCUACCAUCAACAUCCCGUCGUGGCGACCUACCAGACGGCACCGUACGCUCCAGCCGUCAGCUACGUCGUUUGAGCUUUCGAGUCAUCAUCACGAAAUUCUUCAUCAUAUAUUACGUCGACAUUUUAUACUUAGCUGCAUUUAUCACGUACAGGAAACCUAUAUAUUAUUAUGAUAUACCCAUAAUGAUGACGUAUUAUACGAGGACGACGGAAAUAAUAUAAAUUAUACAUAUUUUAUAAAGAUUGUAAUAUUAAUGAUAUUAUAUUAUUAUGUUGACAUCGCGCAUAGUACCUAUGCAUAAUAUUAUGAUAUUUAUGUAUUUAUGGUAGGUACCGUACGCGUGAUAUAUACGUGAAUAAUAAAAUGCGAAAACAUUUUUCA